AUGAGGACAAAUUGGGACAUGGAGCUGCCGGAAGACUUCUGGAUACCCAUCCCUCUGGACACCCACAACAUCACGUCCCUGAGUCCUUUCUUGGUUCCUCAAGACCACUUGGGGGGAUUGGGCACCUUCUACUCCAUGACAGGAUUCAUGUUUUUUGUAUUUGUGGUUGGCACUGGCAUUAACAUCCUCACCAUUGCAUGCACCAUCCAAUACAAGAAGCUCCGGUCCCACCUCAACUACAUCCUUGUGAACUUGGCCGUGGCAAACCUUCUUGUGUCCUGUGUGGGCUCCUUCACUGCCUGCUGCUCUUUUGCAUCCAGAUAUUUCAUCUUUGGACCACUGGCAUGCAAGAUUGAAGGCUUUGCGGCUACACUUGGUGGUAUGGUAAGCCUGUGGUCUUUAGCUGUCAUAGCUUUUGAAAGAUGGAUAGUCAUCUGCAAACCACUUGGUAACUUUAUUUUCAAGCCUGACCAUGCUUUAGCUUGUUGUGUCUUCACCUGGGUGUUUGCACUAAUUGCCUCAGUUCCUCCACUGUUUGGAUGGAGCAGGUAUAUCCCAGAAGGCCUGCAGUGCUCCUGUGGUCCAGACUGGUACACCACAAACAACAAAUAUAACAACGAAUCCUAUGUGAUGUUUCUGUUCUGCUUCUGUUUUGCUGUUCCCUUCACCACCAUUGUCUUCUGCUAUUCCCAGCUACUGAUUACACUGAAACUGGCAGCGAAGGCACAAGCUGAGUCUGCCUCCACCCAGAAAGCAGAGAAAGAGGUGACCAGGAUGGUGGUCCUCAUGGUGAUGGGCUUCCUGGUGUGCUGGUUGCCUUACGCCUCCUUUGCUGUUUGGGUUGUGAAUAACCGUGGGCAACCAUUCGACCUGAGACUGGCCACCAUACCUUCCUGCUUCUCAAAGGCCUCUGCAGUCUACAACCCAAUAAUCUAUAUUUUCUUCAAUAAACAGUUUCGCUCAUGCAUAAUGAAGAUGCUGGGGAUGGGUGGAGGUGAGGAUGAAGAGUCAUCGACUCACUCGUCAGUGACUGAAGUCUCUAAAGUUGGGCCUGCAUAG